AUGGGUUAUCGUCUUUGUAACAUGCAAGGUGUGAUGGACCAACCUGAAGCAGAGGGAACCGUAAAGCCAGCAUUCCAAUGGCGGUGUCGUGCCUCGAAUGACGGUUUGGUGGAAGCCAGUCAAGCGGUCCCGCGCCUCUUAUCGAUGACCAUGGUUGCACGCUCAAAAGCGAGUGGACCUCCGUACCUGGCAAAAUGGUCGCCGCAAGAAGGCUGGCUGACUUCCAGACGUAGCGACGAUGACUUCGCAUCCAGAGCAAAAAGAAUCAACGAAGUGUGUCGCAAGUACCAAGUGACCUUGGUGGAUCGCAACUUCAGCUACGAACGGCCCGACCUGUGCCACAUCACAAGAUGUCGCAUCAUCAUCGACCCCGCAAGGAAAGUCGGCUACUCCUUCAUCAGCAAGGUUGCAUCCACCACUGUGAAGACCAUCUUCGGGCUCCUGCUCAACAUCAGCAACACGCCAAAUACAGUUGACAGCUUUCACAGGACAUUUCAUGAGCAGGUCCGCACAGUCUCACCCAUGACGUUCCUACAGAGGAGCAACGAGGAGCGCUACACAACCGCCAUGUUCGUGAGGCAUCCCUUCGAGAGGCUUGUAUCCGCUUACGUGGACAAGGCACUAGGCCCACGUGCUGUCAUGGUCUAUUUUUACGAGCGCUACUGGAACGACGUGCCUGGCGUCAGGGCAACGGAUCGGAACUUGACCUUCCCGGAGUUCGUUGAUUACAUACUGAAUCAAAGAGUGAACGAGAUGGACCCUCAUUGGGCUCCGUACUACGUGACGUGUCAGCCUUGUGUCGUCAAAUAUGAGGUCGUCGGAAAGCUGGAGACAGCAAACAGGGACUUUGCGCUGUUCUUUGAAGCACUAGGUGUUCGGCCGGAGGACAUUCCGCAUAAAAACAACGGUGGCGACCACUGGUUCCGCAAAUCUGCCCGAGAGUUUUUUAAAGAGCUCACUUUACAUCAUGUGAUGCGUUUAUAUGAGCGGUUCUUCUUCGACUUCGAGAUGUUCGGGUACGACUUCAGGGACUAUCUGCACUCAGAGUGUACGUGA